AUGAGUCAAUUCAAAGAUCUUUACGAAUACACUGCCCAAAAUCCUCUCAAAGAAAGUCUUGCUCGAUUUAGGCAGGGCAAUGAAAAUCAAGUGGACCCUAUAACUUUAAUUUCUCAAUUUAUUUAUGAACUAAUGGGCUACACGCUUAGACUUAAGAAUAACGUCUCUAUCAAAGUACUUUUCAACCAGCUUUCUAAAAUUGUCGCAGAGAUAAUGGUUAACAAACUAUCUAUCUUAUUUUUCGAAAAAUUAGUUGACACGAUCAACUCUAACGGCAGCGACCUAGACGUUUGGGCCGAAGUCAUAAGCCUUGCCAAUGACUUUCACGAUGAACCAUCUAGUGAAUCCCAGUCUACACUGGACAUAGAGAUACCUAUAGUAAGAAGAAAAUACACAACGACUACCUUCACGCGAAACGCUCAAGAAAGGCACAAAUAUAAUAAAACCUGCGAAUCCCUCACAUUGGCUCUCAAAGGCGAAUCAGUAAAUGACGUAUACAAAAAUGUUGGUAAUUUCUGGGAGGUUUAUUUCGAGAAUCCAAGGUGGUCUCCAAUAACAAAGCGAAUCUGGGAGAGUUAUCGUGAUAACAAUCAAUGUCUACCCCAUGCUUUCAAGGAAAGAAUGAACGAAAGUGAACUCCAUGCAUGGCUUUAUACAUUCUAUGAUCGCUACCUGAAACAGUUCAGGACUCCUCACGAGGCAAAUUUACAUGAACCAGCAUUCAUCCAUACAGAACAUGAUCCUCCUGGUGGUAAAAGUAGACGAAAACUCGACUUUUUCAUCGAAGGUGCCGACCUGCCCGAUGUUCCCAAACAUCAUUGGAGAGAUAUUAGAGUAGUCGGUGAAUUUACCAAGUCACCUGUAAAGAAAGAGGCAAAAUAUCACCAGCUCACAAGGUACAUUCGUGAGAUAUUUUACGCGCAGCCGUUGCGUCGAUUUGUGCAUGGAUUUGUCGUGCAUGGAUUACACGCCGAGUUUUGGAUUCUCGAUCGCUCGGGCGCGUACAGCUCGGGUAAAAUUAGUCUAAUCGAAAAUGAGGAGAAACUGGUUCGAGCCAUCUCGUCCUAUGUCUUCAUGAGUGAGGAGGAGCUUGGACUUGAUACGACUAUUCGUUGUGUCAAUGGUAAAUCUUACAUCAACAUUAGAGACAACAAAGAUGCAUCAGAACGGGAGAUCGAGAUAGAUCCUGAGCCGAUUUCUAGACCGGAGACAAUAGUUACACGGGCUAACGUCUGCCAUCGGACCAAGGACGAAAUGUACAUGGUCAAGUUUUCGUGGGGGUCAGGUACUGAACGAUCGGAGCUUGAUUAUUUGGAGCUAGCUAAACCGGUGAAUGGUGUGGUUGACUUGAAAUGGAGUAAGGCUAUACAUGAGGUUGAGACCCAUCGAGCUGGGCUGGAUUUCUCAACAGCUCAUAAGGUUUACUUUCGAGAUAACGAAUGGCAUCUCUCGCACGGCCUUCAUAGCAGAACAUCCAAAUCCGAACCCUAUUUCCGGAAACGUAAGCUAACGUUGGCACUACUGUCUCCCAAUGGACGCCCUCUCAAAUCCUGUCGAACGCUUCGGGAGUUCUUAAGUUGUCUACUUGAUGCCAUAAUCGGUCAUCGAGAUCUUUACGCUAAAGCUAACGUUCUACACAGUGAUGUUUCUGAGGGGAAUAUCAUUUUGACCAAGCCUGACGCAGACGGAAAAUCACGCGGAAUUCUUAUUGACUUGGACAUGUCUACUUCGGUUGAUGACAAGGUGAAUGAGACGGAGAAAACAAAAAUAACUGGGACAGUCAAGUAUAUGGCGAUUGAAUUGCUGAGGAACAUGAGCGAAGGCAACUAUAGCAUAAAGAAAUCGUGUCGUUAUGAUCUCGAGUCGUUUUUUUACGUUUUUCUCAUGGGGUGUCUACGGUACGGUUGUUUGAGUGUAAAUUCUGAGUAUUUGAAAAGCUGGUACACAAACAAUACUUCACUGAAUUACUUUAAGAAGAAGGGAGAUAUUAUCGAAAAUUUCGAGACAAAUAUCUUGAAACACUUUCCGUCGAGUUUUGACAGUGUCAAGGAUUUGGCAAGAGAUCUUCGGAAGAUAUUGUUUGGAGAAAAUUUAGAACAGUUCGCGUCAACCUCUAACUCUGCUCAACUUUAUGCACCUAUUAUUAGUGCAUUCAAGAAUAUUAUAACACAAAUUGAUGGUAUGAAACUUCUCCAUCCGCCCUAA